CAUUUUCUGGGCUAAGUAUACAGAACUGCAACUGCAAAGCUGCUUGAUUGUUAGCUGAACUAAAUUCCUUGACGUUGGCAGAGAAAGAUAAUUGUCUUUUCAGUCAUCAAACAGUGAGGUGUGGCCUCCAACUGGCAGCACUGAAGCCAGACAAUUAAGAGGGAAGAUUCAAAGGAGGUGCUUUCAGGAUUUAAGUCACCAUGUCUCAGUCUUCAAAAGAAUGCGCAGCUGACCAAGGCCAGACCUGUGAAGAGACCCAGAAACUACAGGUUGCAGCAGCCUCCGUCGAUGUUGAGGAGCCAUGUUCCUCAUCUCAUCUUAUGGCUACUAGUCUGAAGGACCAGACCAGUGAGGAGACCCAAGUCUCCAAGGAUGUGGAGGAACCAUGUUCCUCUUCUCAACUUCUUAUGGCUAGCAACCAGGAUGAUCCUGAAGAUGAGAUACCCAGUACUUCCAGGGGUCUUCAGCAUCCCUAUGACUCUUCAAGCGAGUCUGCUGAGGGUCUUGAUAACCAAGAAGUGCAGGGUAACCCAGUCAUUCCACCAGAUCAGUCAGAUAGCACAGAUUUACCUGUGAUGACUGUAGAUGGGAAAGUUGAUUUCUUGGUGAAUUACAUGCUGUACAAGUACCAGGUGAAAGAGAUGAUGAGUAUGAGUGAUAUAAUGACACUCAUUGUCAGAGAAGAUGAAGAUCGUUUUCAUGAAAUCCUCAUGAGAGCUUCUGAGCGCAUGGAGAUGGUCUUUGGGCUGGAUGUGAAGGAAGUAGAUCCUAUCAACCAUUGCUAUGCUCUCUUCAUCAAAUUAGGUCUCACCUAUGAUGGGAUGCGCAAUGAUGAGUACAGCUUUCCUAAAACUGGUCUCCUGAUACUCAUCCUGGGUGUAGUCUUUAUGAAGGGCAACCGUGCCACUGAAGAGGAGAUUUGGGAAGUAUUGAAUCCAAUGGGAAUCUAUGCUGGGAUGACUCAUUUCAUGUUUGGUGACCCUAGAGAGCUGAUAACUGAUGAGUUUGUGAGGGAGCAAUACCUGGAAUACCAGCCAAUAGCCAAUAGUGAUCCCAUACAGUAUGAAUAUGUGUGGGGGCUACGGGCUAAAGCUGAAACUAGUAAGAUGAGAGUGUUAGAGUUUGUGGCCAAGGUUCAUGGGUCAGACCCUACUGCGUUCCUUUCUCAGUAUGAAGAGGCACUGAUUGAAGAAGAAGAGAGAACCCUUACCAUGCUAUUAGAGCAUGCUAGCUCAAGUUCUACUUCUGGUGAAAGUUCUAGUGACACAAGCAGCAACUUCUCUUAUGUCUAGUACAGUCAGAGAUCAAUUACUUCUGUAUAAUUUACAGAGAAUUUUUAGACUUGAGGGUGAAGAUGUACGACCUAGGUUGAUAAGGGGAGAAGGGAGAGUCUUAGCUGCAUAGUUCUAAUUUGUAUAAGCACCAUGCCAUGCUUUUCAUUGUUUGCCCUUUAUAUUUGAAUGUACUUACACAUAAAAGCAUUGUUGUUUAGUUUCAAAAUCUCAACUUAAUACCAUUCACAAAUUUAAUAAGAGUGUUGUCCUAACAUAAAACUAAUUGGGAAAUAAUCCCAUCUAUCUGUACAGUUAUCUGGAGUAGUAAAACAUGCAUUUUCUAAGCUUCUACCUUUUAAACAGCUUUGUUCUAAUUACUUUCUUUGUACCUUUCCAUUUCUCAGUAAAAUUACAUGCUCUAUGUGGAGUUGUUUACUUUAUAGUUGCCAAGGGGAAUAAAAUUCAAGAAACUUUGCCUCAA